CCUGGGCGACUUCUCUCUUUCGCUCAGGCUCGUGGCGCCGGCAGGAUGGGGAAGUGUCGCGGUCUUCGUACUGCCAGGAAGCUCCGCAGCCACCGGCGAGACCAGAAGUGGCAUGAUAAACAGUACAAAAAAGCCCAUUUGGGCACAGCCCUGAAGGCCAACCCUUUUGGAGGUGCUUCUCAUGCAAAGGGAAUUGUGCUUGAAAAAGUAGGGGUUGAAGCCAAACAGCCAAAUUCUGCCAUCAGGAAGUGUGUCAGGGUUCAGCUAAUCAAGAAUGGCAAAAAAAUCACAGCCUUUGUACCCAAUGAUGGUUGUUUGAAUUUUAUCGAGGAAAAUGAUGAAGUUCUGGUUGCUGGAUUUGGUCGUAAAGGUCAUGCUGUUGGUGACAUUCCUGGAGUCCGCUUUAAGGUGGUCAAAGUAGCCAAUGUCUCUCUUUUGGCUUUAUACAAAGGCAAGAAGGAAAGACCAAGAUCAUAAGUUUUGAUGGUGAAAGCACAAUAGUAAUAAAUUUUCAUAUGCCAAAAA